CGACCAACGCCUCCCAUCUCUCUCGCACAACCUCUCUCCCCCCAUUCUUGAUUCUUGCAACUGCCGCCUCUCCCACUCCUCUCCCCGCCAUGGACGGCGCCGACGGCCAGCGCUCCCAGCGGCAGGCAUCCUGCUCCUGCGCCCCCUCCAUGUCCCGCCGCUACGUCCGCGACGGCUUCGACCUCGACGACGACGACGACUACUACUUCGACGGCCAGUUCGACAAGGCCGCCGCCUCCUCGUACGGGCGGGCGUCGUCCGCGGCCUCGUCUCGCGGGUGCGGCACCAAGCUGAGGGGCCUGUGGCGGAAGAUCGUCCGCGAGAAGAAGAGGAUACUGCUCUGCACCACCGGCUGCGUGCCGUCGGCGGCGCCGCGGGAGCCCUACGACGCCUACAGCUACGCGCAGAACUUCGACGACGGCGCCGCCUGGGUCGAGCCGGAGAACCUCUCCCGCUCCUUCUCCGCGCGCUUCGCCGUGCCCUCCAGGGUCCUGCAGAGGGUCGCCGUGUAGACACUUACCGGCGGCGGCGGCGGUGGCGGCUCGCCUUGUUUUCUUUUGUUUCUUUCUCUGUUUAUUGUCUUCAAUUUCAGUCGUCCAACUGUGAAAAGAAAGGUUCUUUCCCCAAUCUGUAAAUGGUAGCUCCUGAAUCCCAAUGGCAUGAUCUUCAGUAUUAAUUUGCAGCAA